ACAAUUGGUAUGAAAGACAGCACAGGCAACUUCUUGAAUCACUAAAUGCCAAAUUAAAAUCUGUCAUUCCCUGCUGUCAUUCCCUGCUUUUCCUCCAUGGAAACAUUCACUGAGAAGUUCUUUGUAAUUCUGAGAGUACUACGGUCAGAACGAGAUCAUGAUGCAAGUCUUUCAGUUUUGAAAGUGCCCACUGCAUUUCAUUCAACCUCUGAUGAAGCAAGCAAGCAUUAUAUGCAGUGCCUUACUUCAAGUCAAUGCACAAAGUCUUUUCAAAGGAUUUGCCAGCAAUCAGUCGACUGUGUCUCUUGUUACUAGUCCAUUGCCUGAAACACAUAACUUAGCACAACCACUCCCUCAGUUUCAGAAAUUUAAACUUGUUUCAAGAGUCACAAAUAAAUUAUCUACCCUAGCUUCAGAAGACUCUGGACUAACCUUUACCAAGCGAUUAGAAUUGUUGAAACAAUUAGUUACAGUAUGGGAAAAUGGAGAAACAGUUGCAGUAGUCAAUGACUCUACAAAAGAAAAGCAGAAAAUGAAACACACAAAGACAAAGCUCAACAAGUUCCAUCAGUAAAAAUGAAACAAGAAUCAGAAAUGAAUGCCUGCAUUCUGACACCAAAUGCUGCAAAAGCAAACCGAAGA